AUGGAGCUCCGCGUCGGCAGCAGGUACCGACUCGGACGUAAAAUCGGGAGCGGCUCCUUCGGCGACAUUUAUCUAGGCACAAACAUCUCGACAGGCGAAGAAGUCGCCAUCAAGUUGGAAUGCAUAAAAACACGACAUCCACAGUUACACAUAGAAUCAAGAUUCUACAAGAUGAUGCAGGGCGGUGUUGGAAUUCCUGCUAUAAAAUGGUGCGGUUCGGAAGGUGAUUAUAAUGUUAUGGUGAUGGAAUUGUUAGGACCAUCACUUGAGGAUCUUUUCAACUUUUGCUCUAGGCGGUUUACGCUAAAGACAGUCCUACUACUCGCUGAUCAAAUGAUAAGCAGAAUCGACUUCAUUCACAGCCGUCACUUUAUUCACCGCGAUAUAAAACCCGAUAACUUUCUAAUGGGAUUAGGAAAAAAGGGUAAUCUCGUGUACAUUAUAGACUUUGGACUCGCGAAAAAAUAUCGCGAUGGUCGUACUCACAGGCAUAUACCUUACCGAGAAAACAAGAAUCUUACUGGAACGGCUCGGUACGCAAGUAUAAAUACACACAUGGGAAUUGAACAAUCACGGAGAGAUGAUCUCGAAUCAUUAGGUUAUGUGUUUAUGUAUUUUAACACGGGUAGUUUACCGUGGCAAGGAUUAAAAUCAGCUACUAAGAGACAAAAAUAUGAACGGAUAUCCGAGAAAAAAAUGUCGACGUCGAUUGACGAACUUUGUAAAGGAUUUCCUGUUGAGUUUGCUAAGUACCUGAGGUACUGUCGACAAAUAAGAUUUGAAGAGCGACCAGACUACUCAUAUCUCCGGCAGCUAUUUCGCACGCUUUUUCACCACGAAACUUUCACCUAUGAUUAUGUUUUUGACUGGAACAUGCUCAAGUUCGGUAAUGUGAGGCAACAAGCUUUACCAGCGGCACAGCAGGCACCUACACACUCUCAACCUGUUAAUGUUCCGCUGUCAUCGGGAACAAAUAACGAGCAAGAGCACCCCUCUAGGAUUUACACGCGUCAGUGUCUUGCAAAUGCAUCGGGUACAGCAGGUGGACCAACGGUAAGCACCUCGGGACGUCGUCAGAAGCACGAGACGGAGCAAGAGGAGCAAGAUAAAAGCGAUCUUCAAGGUAAAAUACAAUUCUACCAAAAGUUGUGCGCUAGCCAGCAGCAGGCAAUCGCCGAUCGUAGGAAUGCGACAACAACGGCAAGCGGUGUGUCGCAAACAGUUAACCACGAUCCAGCUGGUACAGCACCAAGUGCCUUUAGAUUCAGCACAUUCAAAUCCGCGCCGGGUAAUAAACCACCACCCGAUCCUAACUCACCCGAGUCACUUGACUUAUCAGGUCUCGGGUUGGGCCACCGCGAUAUUGUAACUCGUAGUAGGGCUGAGUAUAAUUCUGGAGGUUCACGUGAUUGUUACCAAUCAGGUGCUCCUCGUCUUCCGGAGAGAAGCACCAACGCGGAAGCUCAUCGUAUGGACAAACAGAGUUAUUUUUUUCAUGGGCAUAAAACUCAGAAAAACGUAGAAAAAAAUUAUAAUUCUGAGUUUAACGAGAAUGCGGAUGCAGCCAAAUCCCAAGCCACUGAAAUUCUUCCAUUGCAAUUUGAUUAUAAUUUUUUACCCAAAAAAACUGACGAUGCUUUUUUCAAGUACCGCAACCAGAUUAGUCACGCUAAUGAUGAGUCAAGUCAGGUAAAUAUUGAGUUUACCGAAAGAGAGGGUGAGUUUUUUAAAAAAAGCAGCACUGAGUUACUUCAAGCGACUGCUACAACAAUUAAACAAAGAACAUUUUCAUUUCGCAGCAAAGAUAAAGUACACAAAAGUCUCGAGUCUUUAGAUCCAAAUCCAGAUUACGGGAAUUUGGACGCUAAAAGCCUCGAUAAUUUUCCCGACGAGACCGCCAAGCUGUCAUUCUGUCACAGCAAGCAGCACAGCCUUGAUUCAGCCCAAAAAAAUAAUGACUCCUCAACUGUUAAACGCAAAAGACCGAAUUUCUUUCAACGUGUUGGACGCAGUCUACAUUUUUUACCCCGAGACAAAGAACGCACGCAAGAUUUAUUGAAGCAGAGCUGCUGUGAGCAAACAGAAAGUAUAAAAAAAGAUAAAAAUGAUGAUGAUAAUAAUAAAGAUAAGAAUGAGUAUUUUUUGCGUAAACAACAGGACAGCAAUUUUUUUGAGGCUGCUGAGGUGUUUAAUACUAAGAAUGAUUUUUUUUAUGAUAAUCGCCCGAAACGAGAACCAUUGUUCCAAUUCAAGGGAAAUGAAUUGAGCAACAAUUUUGUGACGGGCGAUUACAAAACACGUAAGACUGCUGCCGAAGAACAAGAUAAUGAUAAUGAUAAAUUAAGUUUUAAUACUCACGAAACUACCAGCGGUAAUAAGGACAGUUUAGAAAUCGGGUACUCGAUAAGCCAGCUAGGGAGAUUGUAUAUACAGAAUAUACAAAAUCAAGGCGACCAAUUGGGCCCUAAUGAAAUUACUGAUGGGCAAAAAAAUUAUCUGGACUGGAUCCCAAGAACUGAUUUGGAUGUACUUAGUCAUGUUGAUUCGUUCAAACGCAAGCCCCAGGGGAAUAUGGAUAUUCUUAAAGGGAUUUUGCUUGAUAUAUUUGUCUCAAGCGGUACGGAUGGACAUGAAAAACGGCGAGUCAGCAUAAGAUUACACCGUAACACAGCAGCAGCUGCUGCUGAGAUGCAGCCAAAACCCAAGUGA